AGGCUACUGGGGGUGGUAGUAGUAGAUCGUAAAAUACCCACUGAAAUGGGGUAGAGAAAGCAAAUGCAUGGAGUGGACUGGCAACGUUCGCUGAUUUACUAUCUAAAUUACUCUUCUCCAACCAAGGAUUACUUUCCAAAACGACAACAACAACAAUGAGUAUCGUUCCAUGUUGUUGUAGCACAUCGUUUAUGUGCGACAUAUCGUCAUUCUUUUCAGUGAUAUUAAUGCUGUAACGUUCAUGGUGGGCAUUUACCGCGCCCUGUCAUUUCAUAGUUUUUUCACAGUAACUACAUUCAUAGGUUUUUUUACAUAGAUUAAAAACUCAUUGAAAUUGUAUUUUUUUAUGGCAUUGUAUUUUUUUUUCUUUGUGUGUGUGUGUGUGUGUGUGUAUACACAUUUUUUCCUCGGGAUCUCUGGUUGGGGAUGCUUGUGUUGCCGGUAGAGCUACGUGUCAUUCAGGCGGCGGCACGAGCGCCAUAGUGAGCUAAAAAGUGUAAUAUCAGUUGCCUUUCCAAUUUUGAUCAUCAAUAACCAAAUAUAUAAACAUUAUAGAUUUUGUCUUGGGUCAUAAAUUUAGUAAGUCUUAAUCACUUAAACAAAUAUUAGUUUCUUGUAUGUAUAAAGGCAUGUGGGGGUUAUUUAUUUUUAGACUAGGCUAUAUGGGACCACAGCUUGAGUUGGUGUCCUAUUCUUUAGGGGGAGACAUUUUGGAAAGAGGGUGUUUGAAAGGUGAAUAUAGGAGUGGAAAAUAUCCCUGUCACUCGCACACCUUAUUUAUUGCUUACCCUGGAUCAGCUGCCUGAGAAGUCAAGCUUGACAGACACAUUUUGUUGCCAUUGACUUACGUUUUUUAGCUACCAGCCUAUGGAAGAAAUGCUUUUCAUUAAGUCCUCGUCCAAACGUCUCUUUCAACCUUCCCUGUGACCAGGGUUAUACCACAGACCAGGGUUCACUAUUGUCAAAGUCAAUCUGUACAUUGAAUAUAUCCUUAUCUACCAGGGUUAUAAAGGGGAUCGUGUUUCAUGUCGAACAAACGUUCAAGGAACAGUGGGUCGUAUCAUUAGACCAAGUGAAGACGAUUUAUCCCGUCAUCACCUGAUGUGAUAAUCAUAUAGGUGUUAUGCAUUUCCAUCAGUAGGUGACACAGCAGCAUUAGUCUCUGUCCGUGGCCUAGCGUUAACACUCAGCGUAACCUAGGUCCAAACGCCGUCGUUCUGUAGCGUUAGUUAGUUCUUUAUCUUUUAUUCAUCCACUUCUUGGUUAAAAAAUGUACCCUAAGAGAGUCUGACCUGUCGUCUGUCGGAAAACAGACAAGCCUCCACUGGCCGUGGAGGGAAGGUGCCCCUGACCACCCAUUGGCCGGUAUGCUGGCUUGAAUUCUCCAACUGUCAAUUACAAGCCGUACCUGUGAGGGAAAGCAACAGCCAAGUGAGAACUUCUCUGGCCAACAGGUGUGUGUGUAACUGCUCUGUCAGAGGACAGGCAGGGAUUGUUCUGUGGUAACCUCUGCCCUGGCAUGGGCUUGAUAAUCAGUAGCUUAAUCAAUAUUGAUUAUCAAUAGCCUGUGCUGCUGGUUUGAAGCCAUUUCUGAUUGUGGUUUUAAGGGCAUAGGAACAGGACUGACCUGUUUUUUUUCCUUGAAACACAGUCUUUUUUUCUCAGUUUUUUUCUCUUUCUCAACAUUGCUUCAUGUUGGUGUUGUUUUGAGAAGACUGAGGUUAGAACCUCUGUGUAGGUUUAGGUCAGCACAGGCUAGCAAAUGUGAGAUGUGGUUUCAGAGAAGUCAUUUCAAGAACUGGGGUAAGCCUUCGGAUGGGGUAAAAUGCCUCCAGCUAUUAGCUAGCCCGCAAAAAGGCCCCAGACUGAAAACGGAUCAGCCCUCGCAAACCGAACUUCCAAAGUUCUACCAGAUGGGGUUUUUAACGAUAUCACAUGUUCCUGGAUAAGACAGAAGUUGACCCUUUCCCUGCCGUUCUGUGGGAGUCAGAUGGCUUAGCGCACGAGACUAGGAAUCGGUUAUCGGUGUGCAACAAGUUGUGCUACGCUGUCGGCGGAGCCCCCUACCAGAUCACAGGAUGCGCUAUCGGCUUCUUUCUGCAGAUCUACCUUCUGGACGUGGCCCAGCUGGAUCCCUUCUAUGCCUCCAUCAUCCUGUUCGUGGGCCGGGCCUGGGACGCCGUGACGGACCCCACGGUGGGCUUCCUGGUGUCCCGGAGCCCCUGGACUCGCUUCGGACGCAUGCUACCCUGGAUCCUGUUCUCCACCCCCCUCGCUGUCUUGUGCUACUUCCUCAUCUGGUAUGUGCCUCCAUUUGAAGAUGGCAAGGUCAUCUGGUACCUGGUCUUCUACUGCCUCUUCCAGACGAUGCAGACUUGUUUCCACGUUCCCUACUCGGCCCUUACCAUGUUCAUCAGCGACGAACAGAAGGAGAGGGACUCCGCCACGGCAUACCGGAUGACUGUGGAGGUUCUGGGCACUGUGAUUGGUACAGCCAUCCAGGGGCAGAUCGUGGGCAUGGCUAACCCGCCCUGCCUCCCCGUACUUGGUGAUGUUACCCUCAACGGAAGCGAUUCCAACGCCACGUCCCUUCUGACGGGGUCAGAGGUCAACGUGACUCAUCCUGUCAUCUCUCUGGACCACACGAAAACCGCCUACAUGAUCGCUUCUGGCAUCAUCUGUGGCAUCUACGUCCUCUGUGCCAUCGUGCUGUUCUUCGGAGUGAGAGAGAAGAAAGACUCGUGUCGCCCCAGGUCAGAGCCCAUGUCAUUUUUCCAGGGCAUCAGGCUGGUGAUGGGCCACGGCCCUUACGCCAAGCUGGUCAUGGGCUUCCUGUUCACCUCUCUAGCCUUCAUGCUUCUGGAAGGGAAUUUCGCCCUGUUUUGCUGCUACACCCUGGGCUUCAGAAACGACUUCCAGAACAUUCUACUAGUCAUUAUGCUUGCAGCCACCCUGGCUAUUCCCUUCUGGCAGUGGUUCCUAACCAAGUUUGGAAAGAAGACAGCAGUGUAUUUUGGAACCUCGUCGGUGGUUCCCUUCAUGAUCCUGGUGGUGUGUGUGAAGAGUAAUCUGGUGGUCAGCUACGUUGUGUCCUUUGCUGCCGGAGUGGGAGUUGCAGCUGCUUUUCUGCUACCCUGGUCCAUGCUUCCGGAUGUGGUGGAUGACUUCCAGGUGCAGAACCCAGACUCCCAUGGCCACGAGGCCAUCUUCUACUCCUUCUACGUUUUCUUCACCAAGUUUGCAUCUGGCGUCUCUCUGGGCGUCUCCACGCUCAGUCUAGAUUUUGCAGGCUACAUUACUAGAGGCUGCAGUCAACCAGCAGCGGUAGAUUUAACCCUAAAGCUGCUGGUCUCCGCGGCGCCCAUAGCUCUCAUCAUGGUUGGCCUGGUCAUCUUUUACUUUUAUCCAAUCGACGAGGAAAGGAGGCAGGGCAACCGCAAGUUGCUGCAGGAGCAACGGGACAACUCAGACUCUGAAACAGACUCCACUGAGCUGGCAAACCUGGCUUAGGCCGUGCAAAGCUCUGGGACCAAUCGGGGGGCUGGAUGGCUGCGUGCGCCAGGGGUGGGACCAACAAAGACUAAACCUAACGGGAACCCAGGCGUCCAAUCACAAGGCUGCUGCCGCUCCAUCUCCUCAGACCCCCCGUCUCUAUGACGACGGCAAGGGUCAUCGUCGACGUUCUCGAACGCCACGGCAACGACCAAGACCACGCCAAGACCUUGCUUGGCUGAAGUUUUGCCUUUAUGUGUGAUGGCCUGGUUUAACCCAUUGUUUUGUUGUUAUAGUGUUUUGGGUCAAAUCUCCAGUGAAUCCUACUGUUCUAUAUAGUGUGCUACUUUUUAGACAAAGUAGGGCAUUGUGUUAGGAGGGAAAGUGGGACAUUUGAGAUGAAGACUCCCUAGUCUUUAUUGAAGUUGCACUAAAAAAACCUAGAAAUGUGAUUGGUGCAGUAGUACCUGUUGGGUUAUUGCCAACUUUAGGGGCUUCAUUCUGAAAUAGAACUGUUAGAUACGCUGCAAUAGACAGACUUGAAUGGCCUUUAAUCUAGUAUACUGCACUUGGUCUCCACUCUAACCCACCACGGUGUGUGUGUGUGUCAGUCAUGAGAAACUUGAAUGACCCUUAAAGGGUAUCACACCUGUGUUAUUUUACCUUUCUGGAGGGUUUCAAAACCACAACAGUUGAACAGUAACCUAGAGGCUUAGAUGUUUUGUCAACUUGAAUAUUUCUACCAACUUUAUGCUGACAAUUGAUUUCUGUGUGAACUUUCCGUUCAUUGCCUCAAUUGCAUCCGCUGGUCAAACGUCUUUUGUUAUAACGUUAGACACUGUAGAGGCUCCCAUGUUCUCACGAAAUGUAAUCGUAUUUCAUUAAUUGGUCCAAGACCUUAUUCUUAGUUCCCCUGCGAACCUCCACGAACCACUAAAAAUACAAGCUAGCUAACAAACUGUCAUAGCCACAAGUGUCCACAGAAAGUGUUUUCCUUACAAUCCAGUCUUUGACUCCUACCUUGGGUAUAACGACACCUUUCUAGUGACAUGCAUGGAUUCUUUAUUUACAUAUUUAUUGGUUUUUAAUUGUAGUGGGUGUACGGUUGCUGAAUCGUCAUGCUUGGUUAUUUAUCUCAUUAAGGAUUUAACACUGUUGAUGUUCAAUGAAUGAAGAAUGUUUCAAAAGACUAAUGUCAGUAAACGUGUAUCGACGAAUGGUUUGAAUCAAAGUCCGUUUUGAAGCGGUUUGUGUGUAAAUCCUGACUUUUAUUGCAUGUCUUUGCUUGUAGCUAGUAUAUCCCCCCCAACACUGUUCAGAAAAGGGAAGCACAAAACGAUACAAAAAGGUAUUUUGAGGAUGGUGAUAAACCGCAAUGGAUUCAGUUUCCAUGUGUGUCAUGUACUGUAUUGAAAGUUGAUGUGAAGAAAAUGGAAAAAUAUGAUUAUACCUGGAUAUCUAUUAUAGUGCCACAGAAAGCCUAUGUGCAUUUUAUAUCUGACUCAGAUAUGGAAUAUAUUCAUACAGUGCCAUAUGUAACACAUGCCGUUAUCUCCUAAAUGUGUUGACAAGGUGUCCAAGCUGUAGGGGGACGUGUUUUGUGUUUGAACAGGUAGUUUCUAUUGUCAUUAAACCUUGUCAUGUUACUGUCCCGAAAAAGUAAUUUGAGAGACAACAAGACCGAUGCCAACUUUCUAAAAGAAAAAAAAACGUACACUUGAUAAUCUAAUGGUGACGUGUCAUUUUUAUCUUGUUGUUAUAAAUGUGGUUGAGACGCGUUCUCUUCUGACUCACUCUAGCCUUGUAAACGGUUGUGCAUAUGUAUAUAUUGUAUGUAAACUUGUAAAUAUCUUUAAUAUUUGUGAAGCAGGUGAUGUUAUGGUCGUCGACGUAGUUAUUUAAACAAGAUGUUGAGGAUUAAAGUGUUUGAAUUUUGUUAAUAAAUACUAAUUGAUAUUGUAA